AUGCGUUUCUCUGCUGUCGUCGUCGCCGCCAUGGCCACCAACGCCGCUGCCUGGCAACCCCAGCGCCAGGCCUACGGCUGGAGCUGGAACGGCUUCGGAAACUGGGGCAAGGGCCAGACCUCCGUCUCCGGUUCCAUUCAGCCCACCCCCGUCCCGGUCGCCACCACCCCGGCUGCCGUGAUCCCCACCGCCGUCCCCACCACCUCCGCCCCCGUCGUUGAGGAGGCCGCCCCGGCUACCACCAGCUCGGCUCCCGCUGCCGCCGCCACCACUGCCGCCUCCUCCGGCAGCCUCACCUCCGACCAGCAGGCGGCCCUCGACGCCCACAACAAGGCCCGCGCCGAGGUCGGCACCCCCGACCUCGUCUGGGACGAGACCCUCGCCGCCAACGCCCAGGAGUGGGCCACCCACCUGACUUCCGUCGGCUCCCUCACCCACUCCCAGGUCUCCGACCAGGGCGAGAACCUGUACAUGCAGUCCGGCGGCGACUCCCCCAACCUCAACGCCGUCAACGCCUUCGUCUCCGAGAAGUCUGAGUACAACGGCGAGACCAUCAGCUCCACCAACUACAUGAGCUUCGGUCACUACACCCAGGUCGUCUGGAAGUCCACCACCAAGGUCGGCAUGGCCACCGCUACCGACUCCUCCGGUGCCACCUACGUCGUUGCCCGCUACUCUCCCCCCGGCAACUACAUCGGCGAGAAGCCCUACUAA